ACGAUAUGUUUUCGCUCCAGUAUGCAGAGGAGUGGCCGCCAAACGAAAUAUCUCACCUAGUAUCAGUUCUGAUGAAGUUCUGCCUUCACCUCAGUACCUCGAUGAGUUAGUUCUAAAGAGCUUUCUUUCAUCAGUCAGGGGACAAAACACAGGGAGAACACAGAAUCACUUGGAUAAUCUAAGGCAAUCCUUAGAGCAGACAUUGUCAGGUCAAAACCAGCGACAAGAGAGAGAAAUCUUCCAAGAACAA